GUCGGUGUUUUUGAAAUUUUGAUUAGAUGAAGAAACUCUAUCGGAUGAUUUGAUAGAGCAAAAAGAAUAGUGAAAUCGUGUUUCGCUCAUCGGUGCUCUGCGAAGGACGGAUGAAUUCGGGCGAUCUUAACAAGGUUUGGGAAAUCAAAACCCUUAAAAGAGACGGAGAAAAUGAAGCAAGGAAGAUUCUUCAGAAAAUUGCAAGCCAGGUAGAACCCAUCAUGCGAAAGCGUAAAUGGAGAGUUAAGCUUCUUUCUGAGUUUUGUCCGAACAAUCGGUGUCUUCUAGGGUUGAAUGUGGGAAGAGGUAUCCAGGUUAAGCUCAGAUUGCGGAAGCCAAAUAGAGAAUGGGACUUUUACCCUUAUGAUCAGAUUCUUGAUACGAUGCUUCACGAGCUGUGCCAUAAUGCCCAUGGCCCUCACAACGCCAACUUCUACAAGCUCUGGGACGAACUCCGAAAGGAAUGUGAGGAUCUUAUUUCCAAGGGAAUAACUGGCACAGGUGAGGGGUUUGAUCUUCGAGGAAGACGUUUGGGAGGUUCUACUCGUCAACCCCCUUUGUCAUCUCUUCGCCAAACUGCAUUGACUGCUGCAGAAAAGCGACUGCGUCUUGGAUCUCUACUACCAUCUGGACCCAAGCGCCUUGGUGGUGACAGCAAUAUUAUGGUUGCACUUAGUCCAAUACAGGCUGCUGCCAUGGCUGCUGAAAGGAGAUUGCAGGAUGAUUUAUGGUGUGGAUCUUCUGAAAUGUUAGGUGAAGAAGAAAGUAACUCCAAUGUAAUUGAAACGCUUGAGUGCGUGGGUCCAUCUGCCAAAAGCUCCGAAAAUUUGGAUGGUUCUGAACCACACGAUUCAGUUUUGAAACCUCGGAAGAAAAGUCGUUUGUCGGAUAAUGAGUCAUUUAUCCAUUCUUCUGAUCUGAGGCCAGAAUCUAGUUUUGUGGAUUUGACUGUGGAAGCUUCAACUUCCGGAUCUAUGCUUAAACAUGCUGAAACAGAUGAUACUGAGGAUAAAGUUAGUUGGGAAUGUGGAACAUGCACUUUGUUCAAUCCACCAUUAGCUCCAAUAUGUGAUGCUUGUGGUAGCCAAAAGCCGAAAGAUGUUGGAGUUAAGUUCAAGAGCUGGGCUUGCAAAUUUUGCACUCUGGAAAACAGUGUCAAGGAAGAGAGAUGCUCAGCUUGUGAACAGUGGAGGUAUUCAAGUGGACCACCAGUUUCCAUCCCUGCAUCCAAUGUUGGCCGCUGGGACUAAUAGCUGGAAAUGGUAUAUUUUCUGUGAGGGAGGAGGUUUAUAUGAAAUUUUUUAAAUUAAUUUCUCCUUUUCUCUUGUCAAUGGAUGUCAUGCCUCGUGAUUGAGAUCUUGAGAUCUAGUUGUUGUGGUGGAUGAAAAUCUGAAUAUAGAGCCGUUGAAUUGGACAUAGAUGUUAGAGUGAAUAUAUCUGUAUUUAAUUGGACUGCAUCCAUAUUUGACCCAUAAGGAAUAUUUGCUCAAAGUCAUAUUUUUUUUGUUA